UCCUCCUCCUCCUCCUGUCUCUCUCUCCCUCUCUCCCCUUCAUUUUCGAUUUUCUCGAAGCGCACAUAGAUUCUGAAAAUCUUUUUUUAAUUUUUUUUUUCGAUAUCUCGUGGAAUUAGGGUUCAAAUUCUCAAUGUGGUUCAAUAUUUUCUUGAAAAUUUGAGUUUCUAAUGGAAGAGUCAAUGAAGAAAUUCCGAGUUGGAUACGCUUUGGCACCGAAAAAGGAAGCGAGUUUCGUUCAAGAUUCCCUCGUCAGUCUCGGGAAAGAGAAAGGAAUCGAUCUCAUUAAGAUAGAUACCAGCAAACCCUUAAUCGAUCAAGGACCGUUCGAUUGUGUUAUUCACAAAUUGUACGGAAAGGAUUGGAAGAAUCAGCUAGAAGACUACUCUGCCAAAGACCCUAAUGUCCUGAUUAUUGAUCCUCCCGAGGCAAUUGAGAGAUUGCAUAAUCGAAUUUCGAUGCUUGAGGUAGUGAAGGGGUUGGAGAUUGAGAACAAGACGGCGUCGUUUGGGAUUCCGCGGCAGAUUGUGAUAUACGAUGCCAAAACGGUGGCGGAAUUGGAGAUUGAGAGGGAGGGGUUGAAGUUUCCGGUGAUAGCGAAACCGUUGGUGGCUGAUGGGAGCGCCAAAUCGCAUAAAAUGUCGUUGGUGUUCAACAAUGAUGGGCUGAAUAAGCUGAAACCGCCGAUUGUCUUGCAGGAAUUUGUGAACCACGGUGGUGUGAUUUUCAAGGUGUAUGUUGUGGGGGAAUAUGUGAAAUGUGUGAAGAGAAAGUCGUUACCGGACGUGACCCAAGAGAAAUUGGGGAUUUUGGAGGAUUCUCUCUCCUUUUCACAGAUUUCUAAUUUGAAUUGUAUUGAGAAAAUGGAUGAUAAGUACUAUAAAAUGAUGAAAAAUUUGGAGGAUGCGGAAAUGCCCCCCAUAAGUUUUAUCGUUGACAUUGCGAAGGGGUUGAGAGAGGCAAUGAAAUUGCAGUUCUUCAAUUUUGAUGUGAUUAGGGACACUAGUGUUGGGAAUAAGUACCUUGUGAUUGACAUUAACUAUUUCCCCGGGUAUGCGAAGAUGCCUGGUUAUGAAAGCGUGUUAACAGACUUUUUCUGGGAUGUUUUGAAUAAGAAAGAGAAGGGUUCAGAAAGUAGAAAUCUGGAUAGUUGUGAGAAAGAAGUGAGGAAGUUGGUGGCAAAUAAUGGGUGUGGUGAGGAUGAUGUGGGGCUUCCUGUUUCGCCUCUUAACAGGGAAGAAAAAGAGAACCCUAUUCAAUUUUAGGGAUGUGUAGCCUGUUGAGUUAAUUGGCUGAGAGUUCGGUGCUUCAGGGUGGUGAUCCUUCUCUGGGUUGAAGUGGGCUGCAAGAGCAUCUCUUUAAGAUAGGGAGUUUAGAACAGUGGUGAGAAAGUAGGUUAUUUGCUUUGGUUUCUGCCUCCUGAAGGCCUAUUAGAUGGUGUUCCUUGUUGAUCAUGUAUAUUCCAAUCUUUUUGGUUUGGAGAUAGAGUACUUGCUUUGCAGAUAGGUACUUUUUGAAUUUUUAGGAAGUUUAAGUUGUUCUCCAAGGCAUAUGCAUUUCAAGGCAUCGAAACUGUUUGUGUAUGCCUUUGGCAACUUGAAUCAAUGAAUUUUGCAUUUUGUCAAUGAUAAUUCCUUUUCCUUUUUCUUCAUUUGUUUCGUG